AUCCUCUUCCACCUGGACUGACGACUGACAUCACAACCCUCACCACGCCGCUACACUCUAGCGCAGCCCGAGGCUGUUCUCGUCCCGUUCGCCCACCUCAGUGAACUCCUACUCAAUUAUUUCCUCCCGGGAGAUGGUCACUAUAGCCGGGCGGUAGCGGACCUCCACUCGAGCUCGAGGCUGCCAGCCAUGGCACCUCUCUGCAAGUUCUACCAGCAGGGCACCUGUCGCAACGGAGCCAAUUGUCGCUUCGAGCACCCCGGCGCGAACAAUUCCAACCCUUUCGGAAGCAGGCCCAACAACAACGCCAACCCCUUCGGCAGCGCGUCAAGCUCAAGCAAUGCGAAUCCCUUUGGUGCGGCUUCGAACAAUAACAACAAUCGCUUUGGCGCCUUUGGCUCCGGCGCGGGCAACAAUGCCAACAGACCGGACGACAACCCGUGGAAGAUCACCAAAGAGUCCAUCGAGAUAGAUCUCGCCAGGGAACGGCCAACAUGGAUCCUGUCAUGCUACGGCCCCGGCCGCGACGCUCCCGAGCAGCUAUUUGGCGGCCCAGACCGCGAACAGAGCUUGGAAGAGGCGAGGCUGUUCGUCAUGAGCCAGCCGGAUCCACAAGCCGCGUACGGCAAGAUCCAGGCUCUGUACCAGCAGGCCGAGCAGCAGAUGCAGAGUGCAGUCGCCAAUCUCGACGGCGCGAUGCAGUUCCUGCUCGCAGGCGAAGCCAAACAUCCGAACCGGCAUGAUAUCUGCAAGCAGUCAGUGGGCCGACAGGGCGGCUACUCACCAGAUGCUUCCCAACCCCCGGCUCCAAGCUCAAAUCCCUUUGGCAAGCCGGCAGGAGCCACGACGUCUGCAUUCGGGCAGCCUUCUAUAGGUGCGCAACCAUCUGCAUUUGGCGGCGGCGGCGGUGGCGGAGCAAUUGGAGGCACAGGCGCGUUCGGCAGCUCGGCGCCGGCAGCAGCGGCACCUGCCUUUGGACAGCCUACUGCGGCGGCGGCGGCACCUGCCUUUGGUCAGCCAGCAGCAUUUGGUGCGAAGGCUAGUCCUUGGGGCUCGGCAAGCGCGGGAGCGGCGGUGGCGACCCCGGCUUUUGGGCAGUCGAGUUUCGGCCAGCCAGCGCAGAGCACUGCAGGCGGCUCUGCCUUUGGCCAACCAUCACAGAUUGGAACGACAAGUGCCUUUGGGCAGCCCUCAACAUUGGGAGCCAAGCCGAAUCCUUUUGGCGGCGGCGGCAGUAGCACACAGAGCCCCUUUGGCCAACCGGCGCAAACCAGCACAACUGGCGCCUUUGGUCAGCCUGCACAGCCGGCAACGACAUCAGCAUUCGGGCAGCCCUCAGCACUGGGGCAAAAACCGAACCCCUUUGGUGCGCAAGCCCCUGCUGCGGCACCAAGUGCGUUUGGGCAGCCAGCUGCAAGCAGCCCCUUCGGACAGCCUGCUCCCGCGGCUCAGGGCAUGAACGGCGUGCAAGGCGCACAGCAGCAGCCGGCGGCGUCGAAUCCCUUUGGCCAGCCUGCUGGCGGUGGCUUUGCCUCGGCGGCAGCUGCUACCACCAGUCCCUUCGGACAAAAGCCGGGGGGCUUCGGCACUGCGACCACACCGGCAGCCAAUCCUUUUGGCCAGCCCCAACCCGCAGCGCAACCAUCUCAACCAGCCGCUUCUGUGGCGUCGACACCAGGAGCGACAGGAGGCAACCCAUACGGACCGAACAGCCAGAAACAGCAUCCGCCGUUGGAAAGUUAUGUGACGAAACAGAGCACCGGCCAGCUCGCCACAUUCAGAGGCCAGCCGGUUGGAUACAAGUUCAGGGUGGGCGACAAAUACAUGGACGCGCUGCCCGAGGGCGGAACACUGCAGCAGAACCCGCCAGCGCCGGGGAUACGCAACCAGGACGGCAGCUGGCGGCGGGUACUGUUCCCCUUCGGCGCGCCCGGGUACAACAAGGACACGGAGCCGGACGACCCGGCCAAGUACACCCCGCAGGUCAAGGCCGCGUACGAGAUCUCGGCGGCUCGGGGCAUGUUUGAGGGCGACAUGCCGGAAUGUCCCCCCAUGCGAGAGGACUGCGUGUGGAAUUUUUAGAUACGAAUCAGUCCGCGCGACUCGAGCGAGCAGCGCUUGGCAUAUAAGCCCAAACACUAUAUACCCAUUCGCACGCCCCCCGAAAGUUUCUGAUUUUCCAAUGACGUUACAGGCUCAGCAUGAACCACGGAAGCGAGAGCAUAGAACAUGUCGCGACAUUGCAUUUCGAGAGAUUCAAAAACAUGUCACAUCAAGUUUGUCAUCACGACGGGCACACGCCUUCGUAAAUUUGACUGUUUUGCAUUCCUUUUCAGAAUAUUUUCCGCCACCAGCAGCGCCUGGCGAGAGCGGCUAUGGAGAACCAGCAGCUUCCCGUCGCAGGAUGUCCAGCAAUCCAUCCACAGGCCUUUGCAGGAAAAGCUACCAGUGUUUCCACCAGCGCAA